AUGUCGAUUGCACACACGGCUGGCAAUUACAUGCUCUCUGAUGCGCUGCUUCCAGACCCAAACAGGUCCAGGGCAAAAGGGCUUCACUUGGAGCUGCCAUGCGAUCGCAUCAUGAAGUUUGUUACGGUGGGCCUGCCGCUCUUCCUGGUCUCUCUCAUGUUUGCCCAGGAAUUUUCCACCGGAUCCCAAAUCAGUUGCUACCCUCCUAGCAACUUCACAGCAGAGCAGUCUCAUUUUGUUGAUGCCGUAUGUUGGGAUUCCUUGCUUCACUAUAAUUCUGAACCUGCAGGAGAUGCUGCAUCCAAUUCCCUCUGGGUCUUCAAGGUAUUGGGGGCUCGCAGUGAGAGAUACUUUGAGUUCCCUCUUCUGGAGAGGUACCUGACUUGCAAGCAACGUUCCCAUUACUUCAUCAUCAUUUACGUAUUGAGGAAUCUCUUCCUCCUCUUUCUUCUGGCUCUCAGCUGCCUCUACUUGGGAUACUGUCAUUUGCAGGUCUUCUUCCACGAUAAAUUCAGGUGUUCAAUCAAGGCAGGGCUUCUAGAAGAAUCUGAUGUUCCAGACUGGAUUCCUUGCAAGCUGGUUUUCUUCUCCGUUUUCCAAAUUACCAGCAUCUGUCUUGGGUCUGUAUACGUCCUUCUGGGCCCAGUUGUCCUCUACCAUCUGCUCCAGCUGUGUCAGUGGGACAAGCGGCUUCUGUCCAUUUAUGAAAUGCUGCCGGCGUUUGAUCUCCUCAGCAAGAAAAUGCUGACUUGCCCAUUUAAUGAUCUCAACAUCAUCUUGCUCUUCCUGCGGGCCAACAUCUCGGAGGUCAAAUCUUUCAGUAGGCUGAGUGUACUGAGUACUCUCAAGGAUAUUUCACCCAACAAAGAAAACAUAGACACAGUUGUAGAUUUUAUGACACUCUUUGCUGGCCUUCAGCUAGCAAAGCCAAAGCCUAAUUCCAAUGCCAACGAGAAUUUGCUCCAUCUUGAGAAUGAAGCUGGUAAGUAA